AUUUAAAAAUAGUCUCUGAACCCCCAGUUAAAGGGCAGGCCUGUAAAAGGAUAAACUAACCUCUAUUUAGCGAAGGGGAAGAGCGACCUAGGUUUUCUCUCUCGGCAUUACACUCAAAAUUGCGUACAUAUUCAUCACCCCCUCGGCACCAAUUUAUCUUAUGUUGCUGUGAUUUCUACUCUUCUUCAUCACCAAACUUGGAAGGUCUACACACAUAGAACAAACUAAUAAUUAGAGAAAAGACAUGCCACCUUCUGCUGAACUGGAGAGCCUGGAGGAACCGCAAUUCAACUGGGGAAAGAAAAGAGGCCGUGGUGGAAAAUUGAAAAAUGUCCAAUUCUAUGAAUCAUUUACUUAUGACGAGGUGGAUUAUACUUUACAUGAUUGUGUAUACAUGUACGUUCAAGAUGAACCUGUACCAUACAUUGGCAAGCUCGUAAAGAUAUGGGAAGAUGCUAGCGAGUCCAAGAAAGUAAAAAUUCAUUGGUUUUUCCGUCCCUCGGAAAUUUCAUAUUAUCUAAGAGAUAUGGAGGUAGCUGAGAAUGAAUUAUUUUUUGCCACGGGUGAAGGCACUGGCCUUGCGAAUAUCAAUCCUCUGGAAGCGGUUGCUGGCAAAUGCGAUGUCGUCUGCAUCUCAAGUGACAGCAGAAAUCCACAACCCUCAGUUGAAGAAAUUCAGAUGGCUGACUACGUAUUUUACCGCCUUUUUGAUGUCAAAAACUGUCUGAUAUUGGAUAAGAUGGAUGAUAAAGUGGGCGGACUUGAUGUUGAAUUUGUAUUUAACAGAAAAGAGAAUUACAAUUCUCUUGAUAUUCCCAAACUCGGUUCUAAGAAUACAGAAGACGGUAGGAAUGCUAUGGUGUGCAGAGAAAUAAUGAAGCUUGGUGAUCCACACACACCUGAGGUGUUAAAAACUCGAGUGACAGAUGGAAAUAAACUUGCUGACCCAAACUCAGUUGACCAGUUAAAAACUCGAGAGUCAGAUGGAAAUUAUGAUUUGAUGAACAAAGAGAGAGAAAAAUCUGCAAGGAAAUCUAGUUCUUUGGACAAUUCAUCUUUUAAGAGCUCAAAGCUUGAUGAUUCAAGUAAGUCACCAAAGCAUGAGGACAAGAGUGGUGACCAAAUUUCGACUUUUCCUGGAAAUGGCAUAAAAUCCGCGGUGACUAGUGUCAUCUCAUCUGAUGCAAAAUCAAAAUCUGGACAUGAUAAGAAUACUGUUGGGCCUGGAGAGAAUGCAAAACCAGCUGAAAGCUUGAGUGCUUUGGAUGAAAGGCUCUCAAAAGCUAACGUGUUUCCCUCAAAAGAAGAAAUGAAGUCUGGAGACCAUCAGCAUUCUUUUGGGACUGGAAAGGAUUCAGAACUAAUAUAUAAUUCAAGUGCUUCGAGAGAAAGGCCGUUAAAUACCAAUGUUGUUUUGCCUGAGCUGAAACCUAAAUCUGGACAUGUUAGGAAUUCUGUUGGACCUGGACGGGCUGCAAAAUUAGAUGGAGAUCCAUGUGAUUUGGAAAGAAAGGCACCGAAGGCUAGUGACUUCUCGAAAGAAAGACCUUGUGUACAUGAUAUCGGGCAUGAGAAGGAUUCUGCUGGGCAUAGAAAGGAUGCAAAAUCCGCUGCAAAUCCACGUGCUUUAGAUGAAGGGCCUUCAAAGAAAGCGAAGGUUGAUAAUUCUUUUAUGUCAUCAGAAGAUGAGAACAAUACUAUUCAAAAGUCUGAAAAAUAUGUUGGGAGUGAUGCUAAAAAGUUGCCAACAGCUGUUGCUUCCACCGAAGAUAAAACCAAAUCAAGACUAGCUAAAGAGUCUAUUGGGAUGGAUAAGUGCCAUACUAAGGAGGCUACCAAAUUUUCGAGUGGCAACUUGUCUAAGUCGUGUGCGGUGGCAUCUACAAGUAAGAAUGGAGGGAAAGUUGAGGGCCAAACAUUUGAAGUCACUCGAAGACCUGUUGUCGGCAAGAGCACAUGGUUUAGGGAACUUCCUUGGGAGGAAAGAGUGCAGGACUCACACGAUCAAGGUACACUGGUGCUGCUCCGGAAUUUAGAUCCAGAAUAUACAUCAGGCGAGGUGGAGGACAUCAUUUGGCAUGCAUUUGAUGAAAAUUGCACAGCUAAAAUGAUACAGCGCACUGCUGUUUCCAGUCCACAUUCUGGUCAAGCUUUUGUCAUAUUUAAAACAAAAGAUGCUGCAGAGAGGGUUAUUAGAAAACUGAAUGAUGGCUGUUUAAUGCUUCCGAAUCGCAGGCCACUUGUAGGUUGCCAUGGGGUUCUUCCCAGAGUUUCCGGAAGGCAGACCUCUUUCACGGGUCAUUUGGCUAUUGAUGAUGUUAGACGUCAAAUACAAAGGGACAUGAAAGAUGCUGUGUCCACAUCUCACUAUUCUCAGACCAACACGAUUGAAUAUGAAAUGGCCAUGGAUUGGUGCUUGCUUCAAUCAAGAUCUGAUCUCUGGUGGAAGAAGCUUUAUGAGGUACAAAGAGAGCAGUUAAGAAAACUCCGUGCUAAUCUCAAGUCUUAUUAAGCAUCAACUGAAAGUAAAUCGAGCUUCAUGCUGAAGAAAAAUAGUAGCUACCUGUCAAUAUGUGGAAACUUUUGGCUGUAUAUAGUUCAGAUCGAGAAUCGCCUGCCAGUACUAUCUUCAUUUGAACAUCUUAUAUGAAUACAUUGCUAAAAUCUAGGCGUAACUUUGUGGGAUAUGGUAGAAAUUAGCUACCCUUGUUUCACAGGUGCCAUAAUUGGCUACUGCUGCCGGUCUUGGAGUUGUAGAUCAGGCAAUUUUUGGUUAUACUAUGCAUCCUUUCAGCGCACCAUUUAUGCAAGAGAGAAGUGUUUUGAGCGAAUUAUUUUGAUUAACAGCAAAUUCCAAUGGCAUCCCAUGAGGUAUCAGGCUAUUAAAUACAUUCUGUCUCUCUUUUUGUACUUUCGCAGGCCAAUCAAUUUCAAUUAUUCAACCAAAUUUCUUUGA